UCUUUCUCUCUCUUUAUUUUCCCCUGCAUUUUCUUCACCUUCUCCUGCCUUCCCCUUCCCCCCCUCCACCCCCAUCCGAGGGGAGCAGAGGAUGCAGCAUUUUUCCCAUCUUCACUCUGUCACCAGCACCUCUGUGUGAGUGCAUGCUUGUUUGUCUGUCUGCAUGUCUGUGUGUCCCCUGUGCGCCCACCCGCUACCUAUCCCAUCCAAGCUGACAGCUGCAGAGUGUAGCAGGGCUGAGGCUGAGUGUAGGCACCAGGCUCCCUCCUGGUGCUGUUGUGCUUGCGCAGGCCACAGAUUGGAUUUCUAGAGAGCUUCCCACCACGGUGAAAAGACAAGCUGAUGUGAGAGAGGAGAUAUGUCUGUUAUGGGAAGAUGCCAUUUACCCUGUCUCCUAAUUCUUUUCACACUUGUGUUCAGUGAGGAGAGAACUGAGGCACAGAGAGCAGGUUGCAAGAAUGUUCAUUAUGACCUUGUUUUCAUCUUGGAUGCCUCCUCCAGUGUUGGAAAAGAAGAUUUUGAGAAGGUUCGGCAGUGGGUGUCUAAUUUGGUGGAAACUUUUGAGAUUGGUCCUGACAAAACCCGUGUCGGUGUGGUGCGAUACAGUGACCGGCCAACCACUGAGUUUGACCUGGGAAAGUACAAAACCCGUGAGGAAAUCAAAGAGGCCGCCCGAAAAAUUAGGUAUUACGGGGGUAAUACAAACACUGGAGAUGCUCUCAGGUACAUCAACACUUACAGUUUUUCCAAAGAGGCUGGUGGGAGACUUAGUGAUCGAACUGUUAAAAAAGUGGCUAUCCUUCUGACUGAUGGAAGGAGCCAGGAUUAUGUCUUGGAUCCAGCCAAUGCAGCUCGUCAGGCUGGAAUCAGAAUCUUUGCUGUGGGUGUUGGUGAAGCCUUAAAAGAAGAAUUGGAUGAGAUUGCUUCAGAACCAAAGUCUGCUCAUGUGUUUCAUGUCUCUGAUUACAAUGCCAUCGAUAAAAUUCGGGGGAAGCUGAGAAGACGUCUUUGUGAAAGUAAGUAG